UCUAUCUCUCCUCCAGCCGAUUCAAUACAACUUUUGAUAAACUUCUGAUGGCUUUUCGUGUUUUCUCAGUGUUUGAGUAGUACAGAAAUAUAUUUAUUAUUUUGCAACAGAACAUCAAAAUCAGGUGUACCUGAAAAUGCGUUGUUUUACUUUGAACUCGUCUUUGAUUUCAUGCAUUUUAUUUUGCAUCUUGAGUUGUGCUUUGAGAAACGCUCUCACUCAGCUGCAUCCAGACUCAGGAGCAGCACGUGCGCAACGGACAGGUCCUUUUCGACGAAUCCAAUGGAGAAACCAUGGACGUGUUUUUAAUUUAUUUAGUCGCGGUUCUGAAUACGUUCCAUCGAGCCAAACAGGGCAGAGAGGUGAAGGCGGUCCGCUUGUUUUGAUCAGUGAGAACAAUGAUACAAGAUCAGCGAUCAACUCAAGGCUGCCUGAUGCAAACUUGCAAACUUCAAGGACCACGGAUUCUCAGGUGCGCGGCGUGCGCCGACGCCAAGGUGGGGUGCUUAGACAACGGCAGUCAACACAGUCUGACACGAAUCCCGUUGACCAAAGACAAACGGAUACAGCACCCCUCAGCGAUUUAAGACCAGAAGACAGAAUGGCAGGGGAUGAUCCUUACGACCCUUACAAAAAUCACAAUAACAUUCCCUAUUACAAUUACUUUGACUCAUAUUACAGACCAGUGCCUCGGACCAGGAACAGAAACGAUUAUGGGACUAGACAUUUACAAAAUGGUCUCCCGGACUUGGUACUGGACCCCUCCUACGUCCAGAUUUCUACUUAUGUCCAGAGAGUGCCUAUGUAUAACCUUAGGUGUGCAGCAGAGGAGAACUGCUUGGCAAGCUCCUCUUAUUCGGCGAGGGACUAUGAUACCAGGGUGCUGCUAAGGUUUCCUCAACGGGUUAAGAACCAAGGAACGGCGGACUUUCUCCCGAGCAGACCACGCUAUGCUUGGGAAUGGCACAGUUGUCAUCAUCACUACCAUAGCAUGGAUGAGUUUUGCCAUUAUGACCUGUUGGACGCUAGCACACAGAGCAGGGUGGCAGAGGGACAUAAAGCCAGCUUUUGCUUAGAGGACACGUCAUGUGAUCCUGGCUACUACAGACGCUAUGCCUGCACAUCACACACUCAGGGAUUGAGUCCUGGCUGUUAUGACACCUAUAAUGCAGACAUUGACUGUCAGUGGAUAGAUAUCACUGAUGUGAAGCCUGGAAAGUAUAUCCUCAAGAUUACUGCGAAUCCUGGCUACCAGGUGCCUGAGUCUGACUUCAGUAAUAAUAUUGUUCGUUGUGACAUCCAAUACACUGGCACUGCUGCCUACGCAUCAGGGUGUUCUUUAUCCCAGUAUUAAAACAUUCCAAGUAUCUCUUCAAGAUGAUGGUGACCACUGAGGCCUGUCAAGCAUCUAUGGGACUGUUACAAAGCCAGUUUAUAAUUAUCAAAAAGAUAGAGAAGCUUUUUGAACCUUAAGUGCAACUGUUUUAUUGGUACUUAUUUUGAUAAUUUAGUUAAUCUAGGCUACUAAAGAAAUUAGACAAACUUGGAAACAGUAACAAUGCUGCUGUUAUAGAGACUCUUGCUUUAUUGGCUUUAAUGCUACAUUCCUAAUUUCUGAUACAGUUUAAAUAAUAGCUAAUUAUGACUCAUAUGGUUAUUAGUCAGUGCAAUUUUGUAAUGUACUGUAUAUCAAAUACAACACAAAUUAUAAUCUUCUCUUUUGAUGGCAUAACUCAUAGCUCAGAAUUUUACUUGUAUCACCAUUUACUUUUUUUUUUGGUAACUGAGGAUAAUUUAAAAACGUUUUAAUUUUACAGAUAAGCAUAUCAUUAUAGUCAGUUAAGUUUCAGCCUUUUAGAGACAUAGCAGAAGUUUAGGAAGAUAUGAGAUCAAAAUUGUGCAUGACCUCUCACAAGUCAGUGAUCUAACAAACUGCUUGUUUAUGUAAACUUGCAGAUCAUCUGACUAAAUAAGGUGCUGUUGUUGUCAUGAACCACUGUAUAAUAUGACGUCAAA